UCCUUGCCAAUCAGCGUCAAGAUGGCCGACGAGGACGAAGAACAAUGGUUGUAUGGAGACACAGAGGAGGACACAGCAGAGCUGCCAGCAGAAGUUGAGAAUGAGGCUUCUUCGAGCUCACUCCCUGCCGAGGCGGAGCCGCUGGUCAGUCCAACUGCAGAGCCAGAUGCCCCACCUCUAGUGCUAGCUGACGAUGGCCCGCCUGAGCUGGAAGACAAAGAGGAAGGAGAAAUGGAUGACGAGGACAUGGGACGAACUGCAGAUCACGACAGCGAUGAAGACAGUGAAGAUGAUGACGACGUGCAGGUGACCAUCGGGGACAUCAAGGCAGCCCCUGCCUACAGCUCAUACGGAGGCCAGCCUGCCCACAGUCUGAGCAAGACUUCAACGUACCACAAGACCUCAGCUACAGCCCCUCAAGCACCAGCGGUGACCGUUCCAAAAGUACCAGUCAAAGGGGUGGAUUUGGAGGCGGAAGGUACCAUUAAUGGAGUAGGGGUGUACUCCUUUGACCUGGAUUCAGUCGUGGACAAGCCCUGGAGGAAACCAGGUGCCGAUUUGACAGAUUAUUUCAAUUACAACUUCAACGAGGAGACGUGGAAGAACUAUUGCAACAAGCAGCACAGCCUACGUGGCGAUCCUUCUGGCAAGAGCUUCUCGCACGACUCUGCGAACUCUAAAGACAGCCAAGGUUCAACUGCCAAGGUAGACAUCAAGCCCAGCCCAACACGGCAGGGUAGCCGUAGUGAGUAUCCAAGCCCAAUCAAUGUGAUUGGCUCCAUAGCCGGUAGACGGAGACCGAAUGAAGCUGAUCAGAAGGCAAUGCAGAGCAUCAAGGUGGUGGGAAGUGAUGAAAAGAUGACCAAUAGCUUUAACAAGACUGGUAUGUCGGGGCCACCUCCUCCUGCAAGCCCCAACCAGCCCCCACCCAGCUCCAACUACGGCCCGCGAAGCAUGCAGGGGCCACCUCCAAACAUGCAGGGCCCCCGCCCAAUGGGAAUGGGCCCCAUGGGGGGUCCCCCACCCCCACAGAGACCCCCUGGGGGACCACCACCAAUGCAGAGACCCCCUGGGGGCCCACCACCCCCUGGUCCCCGUGGGCCACCCCCGGGGCCUGGGGGACCACCGCCACCCAGGGGGCCUGGGCCCAUGGGGGGUCCCAUGGGAGGCCCCAGGGGACCGCCGAGGCCUGGGGGUCCACCCCCACCUGGAAGGAUGCCACCUCCACAUUCAGGCCCUCCACCACCCAGGAUGAACAUGCCUCAUCCCAAUAUGUCUGGUCCACCCCCACAGAAUUACGGACCUCCUCCUCAGCGCUUUGACGGACCCCCUCCUAGACAGAAUUUCCCUGGACCGCGGGGCCCUCCUCCUGGUCCCGGGGGCCCCAUGCCUCCCGGCCAGAACGGGCCCCCAAGGCCCCCCAUGAACAUGCCGCCACCCAACAUGAACAUGCCCCCACCCCAGGGGGGCAGUUACCCCCACCCUACAGGGGGCAUGCCUCCGCCUCAGCAGAGUGGCAUGCCCUCGCAUUCCCUGGCGGGUCCCAUGCCGCCCCCUAAUCAGAUGGGUGGGACAGGGCCGAUCGGUCCGGGCCCCGGGCCAGGAUCUCAGGGGAUUGACGCCCGGAGACCGCCGCCUAACUUUGGGGAAAGGCCGCCUUAUUUCAAUGAGUCCACUAGCCAGAACCAGUCCUACAAACCCCAGUACAACCAGGGGCUCUCGCCUCCAAGCCAAGGCCCCUCGCCCCCUGACAUGUGGGACAGAGGGCCCAGCAUUACACCCACGCCCUACUUCAGGGGGCAGAGCCCAACUAGCGAGAGUGACAUCAGCACGAGUAGUGGUGAGGACGGCUAUCGUCACAAAGAAGUACGGAGCUACCGUCGGGAAGAUUACGACAGAAAGUCUCCAGACCGCAGCCGGUCAGAUCGGGACCGGUCGCGAGACCGGGAGAGGGAUCGCGACAGGGACCGGGACCGGUCGCGCCCCAGGGACCGAGACAGGGACCGCGAUCGGCACCGGGACAGGGACCGCGACCGAGACAGGGACCGGGACAGGGACCGGGACAGGAGGCAGCGGGAGAAAGACAGAGACAGGGACAGAGAGCGAGACAGGGGGAGAGACAGCCGGGACGGCAAGGAGUCGAGGAGAAGACGACAUGAUAGCGAUGAGGCCCAUAGGAGUUCCCGUCACCGCCACAGCAAGCGAUCACGACGGGACCAUGAGGAGAAAGAGACAGAUGGGAAGAAAGAUGACGAACGCUCAGAGGACACGGCUAAAGACGAUGGCAACAGCUCAUUGGUGCCAGAGUACUCCUCAGAAUAAACCGCCUCGCUGGCCACUCCAUCUCUGACCAAGUCAGUGACCGUCUGCCAACCGCCGGUCGAAUUUUUGCCUGGUACAUAGGGCAUAGUUUGUGCAUAGGUUACCAGGCAAAAGUGACCCGCAGUUGACAAACGGUUGCUAAUGGAACUUGGUCCAAGUGGCAGGGAAGAAUAUAAUGUUCUCAUAAAAACCUUGACUACUCAACUGCAUCGAAGCAUUCCGUGGCCCUCAUUUCUAGACACUAGGCAAAGGCCUAAGUGCCACUGAUGUCUUCUGAACACAGUGCACAUGCCGGGUUUUUGUGCACAUUCAAAUGAAAAGUCACCCGUCAACCACUCCACACACAUUGCAUAUCGAACCCCUUCUCUGAUUCACAUUCGGAGCGCAUAGACCCCUUUUCACAAUAUACUAUUGCUGUGUACAACCUUUAUGUCAAAUAGUACUGUGCUUUCUGAUUAUGACUCUCAGGGUCCGUGCCCAAGAUGUGUACUGAAAUCUCUGUACAGUUUUUCUAGUUGAAAGACAGGUAAAUUCUCACGUCUUUUAAUGCAAAUCAGUUCAGUUGUGGACUCUGUGGUUGGACAGUAAUAUCCCGGUGUUGGUCUACUUGCAAGAAAGAAGGGGUUUUUGCAAAUCUUUGGUUUGCAUAGUCUUUGGCUCUGUCUUGAGCUUCACUGUCAAAUCUUGACCUUUUACUGUUUGAAGCAAAUGAGAAUCCUCCCAGCCUUGGUCUCAUUUCAGACAAUUUGAGGUUUCCCAAUCAAUUGAAAAAGAUGGUAUCUCGAGCUUAAAUAGCUCUCCAUGCGGAGACUUAAUUAUGACACUGAAGCCACAGCGGAGAUCAAGACUAGAUUUGGGAAACCCACAAGGAAACAUGUCAGGCACACAGUGAUAUUUAUAUGCAAGAGGUUCUUGGAAAGAGUGACAGUCCAUAGGUUUGUAGCAUGUACACAGUCCUGUUACGUCUGUACAUGACAGCAAUGUGUGGAGGUGUGUUGUAACCAGCAGCAAUGUCACCCCCGUGUCCACCCGCAGCAGGAAUGUAGGGGUCAUUGUAUUACUGAGAUCAUUGCUAGGGCAUUUGUAUUCACUACCCUGGAAAUCUCACUCUGGGCAUUAUGAUGACGUAGAGCACCGAGGAGCUGGGUUGUGUUUACUGGCACAAAAUAGUUUCUAACAAAUAUGAAAAUACAUUUGCUUUCAUUGGAAGAGGAACAUACAAACGUAACCGUUCUUCCCCUGUCUGUGUUUGCUCGUGCUGUGUUGCAGCUGGAGUUUUUGUUUACCCUGACCAGCCCAAGUCCUGUCAACUCCAGAGUCUAUUUGUGUAGGAUUCUUGGAGGGUUCGGUCCGACUUGGCUUCGACAGAUUGACUUCAGGUUGGAUGCAGGAUCGUCACCAAGAAUGCAUCGUUCAGUUUUACAAAGUUUGUCAAUGCUGGGCAUGGUUUGGAUGUUGCCAAACACAUCCUGCAGGACAUGCUCACUGUUAAGGAAUUUCCCUGAUAUUUACAGAACUAAAAUUAGUGUUUCUGUCGAAGCUGACUGCAUUGAUAUAGAGGGCUAAAAGUUCAGUUCUAACCACAGCUGCUGCGGCGCAGUUGGGAAAUCAAAUUGUUGAGGAAUUCAGAUCAAUGUGAAAGUUGGGAGUUUGAAAGCAAAAGAAAUGUUUCUUCCUCCAAAGUAAACAAUCUUGGAAUGAUGUUUUCAUUUGGACUUUAUUAUAGAAGGUCUUGGGAACAGUUCCAUAUAGGGACAACACUUGAUGGCCCUGUGUACAAACCUAUGAGAUUGUCUGAAAAAACCUAUUAGGUAAAUGCUUCAGAAUGUCCUCAACUAAAUUUCACUUUGUUGGGCUUGUCACUUUCUGAUGGUUGUUAUAACCUUUAGAGAGAAAUUUAGUGUUGUCUAUAUAUGGAACUCUUUCCAAGGUCUUUAGUAUGACUAAUUGUUCAAGAUGUCUUUUCUUUCUGUUCUCGAUUUGGUUUCUGUUUUUUGUGUGUGUAUCUUUGGGGUUUUUUACCCAGGGCUGUGGUGCAGACUUUUUUUUACAUCCUCUUUUGAACUCAUGUGCUGAGUUAUGCUCCUGUGUACAAUUAAUUGACAUUUGUUGGAAGCAUUGAACAUACUUAGGCUCUCUGUACAUGUUGUAAAUUGUAAAAAGUACAAUUCUUUCAAGGGUUGUGUAAAAAACCUGGCUGUGAUGUAAUGGGAACAAAGUUGCUUUUAUCAAAAUCAUUUUAGGCUACAAAACCAGGGGCGUUGAAGAGGAUUAAAGAGAAGGGAUUGGGCGGAACACAAGAAGUGGAACAAGAAAGACAAGAAGAGCAUCCUUAUCUCCCAAGAUGUGCUAACUCAUAGUUUUUGCUCUUCUUAAAAUGCUUCAGCUGGCAAUAUCGUGAUGAGUUGAAUUCCCGUCCUAAGAGAGGCCCCAGCUAUUUUGAUAGAGUCCUUGAAUUCACAGUGCUGUAAAGCUGCAGUCGUAAAACCACGUUUUAUUAUGUGUUGGCCCUUUGUAGGAUUUACAGACAUUUUGCAAAAUAAAUUCACCAUUAAAUUUUAUGAGAAUUGUGACAGGGAAA